GUGGGUGUGAUGAGGGAGGGAAUGGCCGCGCAUGCGCAGUGUUGAGAACCUAGGCGGCCGCGAUGAUGGCUUCGCAGUGACGGUUGGAUCUAACGGUUGCUAUUGACAUUGGGGUUGGGUGUGCGGCGUAUGGUUCUUGCGUGGAGAGCAGCCGGGAGUAGCGAAACCAUUGGUCCCGCGGAAGAGGCCCUGGGAGCCGCGUAGUGAUGCGGCAGCGUUGAAACUCCGGGCGGAGGCGCCUCCCCCCGCCCCUACCAGAGCCGGGCCCGGGCCGUCGCCUUGCGCGCUAGGUUCGCGGAUCCUGCCUCCGUCCCUCCCCCACAUGCGGGGCCUCCCCUCCGCCUGAGGCGCCCCGGGAGGGCGAGGGAGCAAGGCCGGCAUGGGCGGCCGCCUGGAGUAGCCGCCUAGACCGCCGCCGCCGCUCGAACCGAAAAGGAGCUGCGGCGGGGGAGGGCAGGCAAGAGGGGAAGAGCAGGCCCAGGCUCCGGCCCUGGCUGUGACGGCUCUUCGAUGCGGGGCUAGGAGUGCAGCCGCCCCUCGGCCUGCCCUGCCCGGGCACGGAGCCGCGCUUUCUUCUCAGCCCGGAGCCGUCGGCCUCAGCGUCUGCGAUGAACCCGGUGAAUGCUACAGCCUUGUACAUCUCCGCCAGUCGCCUGGUACUCAACUACGGCCCCGGAGAGGAUCCGCAGUGCCUGGCCGAGAUCGGCAAGCUGCUGCCCUACUUCCGGCAGUCGCUGUCUUGCUGUGUGUGCGGUAAUCUGCUGCAAGAUCCAAUUGCACCCACCAACUCCACAUGUCAGCAUUAUGUAUGCAAAACCUGUAAGGGCAAGAAAAUGAUGAUGAAACCAUCAUGUAGUUGGUGCAAGGACUAUGAGCAGUUUGAAGAAAAUAAACAGUUAAGCAUUCUAGUGAAUUGCUAUAAAAAACUAUGUGAGUAUAUAACACAAACACCACUAGCACGAGAUAUUAAACAAGCUGUUGAUACUUCUCCAGAUCUUUUGACUCUGCUUAAAGAUGGCUCCCCACCUCAUGAAGAUGCAGAAAAAACAUCUGAUGAAACAAUUGCAUUGUGUUUCACACAUUCCCCAUCACCUUCAACCUCGGAGAAUGCUAGCGAACCUCCAGCAAGUCGUUCUUCUGUACCUGAAAGCACAUAUGAUUCUGAUGUGAAAGGUUCCACUAUUAAUGGGUUGCCCAAUUGCAAUGGGCUGUCAGUAGAUAAAUUUGGUGCAAAUAUUCCUUCCCCUGAACAUGCAAAUACAGUUAAUGUAUGUAGUCCUGGACAGUACAUAAAAGCUGAAGAUACUUCUAGCAAUCUUCAGCCUGGACAGUACAUAAAAACUGAAGAUAUUUCUAGCAGUCUUCAGCCUGGACAGUACAUAAAAACAGAAGAUAUUUCUAGCAAUCUUCAGCCAAUCUGUGACACAGUUUCCCCUAAUGACUUGUGUGCAGCAAGCAUUGAUAUCUGCAGUUUCAGUGAAGACAUCAAACCUGGUGACUCUCUUUUACUUAGUGUUGAGGAAGUGCUACGGAGCUUGGACUCUAACACAGAGGUCUGCAGUCCUAAUCUGCAACACAGCUUGGAAACAAAUUUAUCCAAUGGCCCUUUUUUGCAGCUUUGUCCCCCACCAUCUAGCCAUAGCAUGUUCAUGUCAAUGGGUGCUUCGCCAUAUGGGAUUUCAUGUACAGCUGCGACACCGAAGGUAGUAAAAUUAAACAGAAAGCGGUCUCGUUCAGAAAGUGACAGUGAAAAGGUUCAGCCUCUUCCAAUUUCCAGCAUCCUUCAUGGCCCAACUUUGGGAGCCUCAGCUCCUGUAACGGUGAAACAGGAAGCUAAGUUGUCUCUGCAGUCUAUAGCAACUGUACCAAAUGGAGGCACUGCUCCUAAAAUAGGCAAAACUGUACUCUUAUCAAAUAAAGGCAUGAAAAAGAAUCUAGACCACACUGCCAAGAAAUCUCACCCUAAAUCCAAAUCAGGAAUGCUGAAAAAAUCAAGAGCUAGCAGUCACAUGCCAGGUAGUCUAACAAAAACUGUGUACAAAAAGCCACAGGAAAAGAAGGGGUGUAAAUGUGGCCGAGCCACCCAAAAUCCAAGUGUUCUUACAUGUCGUGGCCAACGCUGCCCUUGUUAUUCGAACCGUAAAGCUUGCUUAGACUGCAUAUGCCGUGGCUGCCAAAAUUCAUAUAUGGCUAAUGGAGAGAAGAAACUGGAGGCAUUUGCAGUGCCAGAAAAGGCCUUGGAGCAGACAAGGCUUACUUUGGGCAUUAAUGUGACAAGCAUUGCUGUGCGCAAUGCCAGCACAAGUACCAGUGUAAUUAAUAUGACAGGGUCACCAGUAGCAACGUUUUUAGCUGCCAGUACAAACGAUGAUAAGAACUUGGAUGAAGCUAUAGACAUGAGAUAUGACUGCUGAGAUUAUUUUUCUUUAUGGUCUUUCUCUUCUGCCUUUGGUAGGGGGACUGCUACAAUUUUGAAGGCAGCUAUUGUUCUGUUUAACCUGCCAGAGCUCCUACAUAAAAAUCACUUGUAUCAAGUGUUUUUCAUUGCUAUGUUGUGUGUUAGUGUCUGGGAAAUAGUUUGAUGGUAAUUGCGGAGUUACCCUGAAACUGGCUUUAGUUCUUACAGCACCUCAUAGUUUCAGAUCAAAUGCUAAUGUAAAUGAUUUUUAAUACACAAUGACUUUUUGGCAAAUAUUGACCUUGUUGUACCAGUUCAUGCUUUGUGCUUAAUCAGAGAUUGAUUAAUAUACAGCAAUGGUUUCUAGUCAGUCCAUCACAAUUGUUCUAAUUUAUUAUGUGCUCAUGUUUAGAGUCAGUGUUGCAAGAAAUCAGCAUCAUGCUCAUGCUGCAAAUGUAGUAAAAAUAUGAACAACCAGUCUGUUAAUACCACAUUAUUGUGGAUAGGUAAUUAGUAAUUGAGCACCUUAAACUUGUUGCGAAACUAAAAAUUAUUGUAAUUGUCCAACUAGUGUAUGCUGUCCUGAAGUAAAGAAAACUAUCAAACUGGGCCGUACAAUCAGAUGAUAUUCCUCAAGAUUCUAAUAUAGAUGAACUUCUCUUGAGUAAUACUUUGAAAAUAAUAGUUGGAGUUUCUUUGUUAUGAGGCAGCCUCAAGAUUUUUUUCAUAUUUUAACAUUUUUUGGAAAAGUUUGCAGAUUGAUAUCACUAGUCUGUUUCAUGAUGUGUCAUACUGUUAACAUUCAUCUCCAGGAUAUUGCUGGGUUUGUUAUGAAAUAGAUACUGCAUUUUUUGGACUGUGAUAUGCUAGUUGGCUACAAAAUAAAAACAAUUUAAUUCUCAUUCCAAAGUUAUUGGGACAUCAUUAUAUAUAUUAGUUUUUAGCUGUUGGCAGAGUAUAUCCCCCCCCCACAUACACAAAACUUGCUUGGAACAACAGCAGCGUAAUGAUACGGUAAAGCCAUGACUUUCAGCUGAGGUCCUCUCAUACUGCUGCUUCAAGAUCUGGUGCCUGCUUUUCCCCCAAUCCUCUCUUGCAUAGUUCUGCUUCUUCCUGGAUGGAGGCCUGGACAAGCCUGGACACUGGGUGGAUGCAUAAAGGUGAGGCACAAGAGGGCCUUGGUUGAAAGUGAAUAAUAUGCUGCUAUGUACUCAAGUUUGGAACAGCAGUGGUGUGCCAAGCAUGGCAUUUGUGUGGUGGACAUUGGAGUUAUUCUUGGAUUCUACAGGAGCUGCUCUAUAUCCUGCUCAGUGUGCAAGAUCUUGUCAUUAGAUUAUUUCCAUUUAUGCAAUGAAAGAGACAACAAACUGUAAAGUUGAAAAUAUACCAGUUUGUAUCAAUUCUACUUUUGUUGAGAUGGGUGUCUAGUACAGGGGUAGUCAAUGUGGUGGCAUCCAGAUAUUGGACUACAAUUUCUGACCGUUGGCCAUGCCAUCUGGGGCUGAUGUGGGUUGUGGUCUACAACAUCUGAAGGACAGCACAUUGGGUACCCCUUGUCUAGUAUUUAAAUUCCUUAAUUUGCAUAAACUAUGGGCUGACUAGAAUGGAAAAUAUUAUCCUGCUAUUUUAAGGACAAUUUCCUAAUUUAGAGUAAUAGUUCAAUAGCUUGUCUAAAGAGAAGUAAUGCCAGAGUUAGUAAAGCUCCUUUACAUUUGCCAUCUAAUUGUUCAUUGAGUAACAUUGCCAGUGAAUUAUGAUAUUAGACACUUUGGAUUUGGCACAAAGCAUGUACAAUGAUGGUUACUAGGUCUGAAAAGUAAGCAAAAGGUUUUGGACACCAAUUGGAUGAUGCCUCCUUUUUGUUCUGUAGUGUAUUGUGGUGUCAUUUUAUGUGAAUGUGGUCAAAUAGCAUUUUUGUUGGCUUUUUGGUUCAUUUCCCCCCUGUCUUUUCUGUGGGUAGGGCAGGGUGUGUGCGUGGGGGGGGGUUAAAGCCAUAGGAAGAAGAAUGUGAUGUAAGUGUUCCGUAUGUACUUUUUUGUUUCUGUUUUGCAAGAAGAGUUGAAAAAUAUUUUUGAUAAUGAGAGUAAAUGGUGGAAAAUG